AUGACGACCGCAGGGCCGGCGGGGCGACCGCAGCCUGCCGAGAACAUGAAGAGUUGGUGUCUGUGUCAGAUCUGCACCUGCGGGCGACAUCACUGUCCACAUGGAACCACAAGGAUUUAUGAAAAUUCUGGCAUAUCUUGCCCCACCACUGAAUAUUUGGAAAAAUAUCCUACCUAUGGCAAUGUUCUUCCACCUCAGAGUCUGAAACCCAAGCAAGAAUUUCAAGCAUGCCGUGGUAAAAUGGAAGGAAUAACAACAUUUAAGUAAAUAUUAAGAAACUAACUGCUUUACUUACUUCUCUCCCAACUCUUCUGGUCUUAAUAAAGUUUUUUAACUAUU